UAUGCUAUAGACUUUGAGAUAUUGGUAAACAACUGUGCCGCGAAUGCAACUACGCUACAGACGGGGAAAAUACCGUACACCACCCAUGAGUGACAAGCAAUGACAGCCAUCAAUGAAAGAGAUACUUUUCAUCAUUGAAUAGAUUUGAAACAAUUUUCUUGUUACUCGAGCUGAAGUAGGGAAGAGGGGACUCCUGUUUAGCACUAUCAACAAUGGAAGUCACCAAGAAAAAUUUUGCCCAAAUUCUGGAGGAACUAGAGAAUGUCAUUCCAGCAUCAGAAUUUCUUGCCAUAGAUGGAGAAUUUACUGGGUUGAAUAAGGGUGAGGAAGUGACAGCAUUUGACACUCCAGCUUUGUAUUAUGAAAAACUUCGCAAAGGAUCUUCUGAGUUUCUUAUUGUCCAAUUUGGCUUGUGUGCCUUUUUGUAUGAUGAAAAAAGAAAGAAAUUUACUCACAAGGCAUACAAUUUCUACGUCUUUCCAAAGCCACCUGAUCAGCGAGGCACAGAAAAAUGUUUUAAAAGCCAAGUAUCAAGUAUUCACUUCCUUGUUGAAAAUGGCUUUGAUUUCAACAAGCUUUACAGAGAUGGUAUUCCAUACCUCAGACAGGAUGAAGAGAAAAGACUGAGGGAGAAAUUAGAGGAAAAACACAAAGCUAGUAGUUCUGCAAAGAAUUGCAGCAAUGGUGAUGCAAAUGAUGUAAUUCCAGUACCUGCAGAUAAAGCGGAAUUCAUAGAAGAUAUGUGCACCCGUAUAAAAAAUUUCCUAUCGGAGGAGGGGAAAGAGGAGCUUACUCUAGAGGGCUGUAAUGGUUUUGUACGAAAGUUGAUGUACCAGGAAGUCUCAGAGCGCUUCCGUGGAGUGCGACUGGAGACACGCAAAGCUGCUGGUGGUGACAGAAUACUGGUUGCUUCAAGACUCGGGACAAAUGAAGAAGAGCAGCAAAGACUAAAAGAUUUACAACUAGCAGAAAUUCAAGAUCUUGAUUCUGCUGUUGGAUUUAGUCGUGUUAUCCGCAUGCUUUCUCAGUCGGGAAAAUUAUUGAUUGGACAUAACAUGCUGCUUGACAUAUGCUUGAUUAUCAAUCAGUUUUGUACAGAACUGCCAGAAUCUUAUCUUGAGUUCAAGCAAAUUGUUUCUUUUUUAUUCCCAAGGUUACUUGACACCAAAUAUAUGAGUUUCUGCGAGCCUUUCAAAUCGCUGGUAAGCUCUACUGUUCUUGGUCAUCUGCAGAAGACAUUAUCCGAACCGCCUUUCGAGAGCAUAAAAGCAGAUCCAGCAGAGGAUGGGUAUGGAUAUUCUGCUGAUAGUGACAAGUAUCAUGAAGCUGGAUAUGAUGCUUACGUUACUGGAUUGUGUUUCCUUACUAUGGUCCAGCAUCUGGGUUUAAAGUUAACCUCAGAGAAGCUUCUACUAUCUGCAUCUCCAUUACUAAAGCCAUUUUUCAAUAGACUUUACCUGAUGAGAGUACUGGAUCAUCCAUUCAUCAGUAUUGACGAAAAUGAACCGGAACUUCCAAGAGACCACGUAUUUCAUGUUACAUUUCCAAAGGAAUGGAAAACACAUGAUGUAAUACAGCUAUUUAGCCCAUUUGGGCGGGUAUUUGUGUCCUGGCUCAAUGAUACCUCAGCUUAUGUAUCGCUCGAAAACAGAGAUCAAGCUAAGCUUGUUCUGCGAACGCUGACUCAGAGUGAUACUUACAGGGUGAUACCCUACAAACGCCAUCAGAUGUUGAAGCAGCCAAGUCCACCGUCCAAAAAACAACAAACCAAACCUUCAAUGAAGAGGCUUCGCACUGAGAAAGACAUGGUCACUGGAAAAGGUGGGAUUGGUACCAUCCCAGAAGAAGAUGAAGAGUUGGAAGUUCCUAAUCAAGGGAUGCUCCGGAACUCUGUUACAAGAGGCAAGCUAAAAGAUUAUGAUCUCAUGCGGCCACCACCUGAUUCUCUUCAGACCCAACCAUCUGCAAGAUGAUCGUAAGGAUUCGGAUAGUAAUGUAAGCAAGAAACUGAAACUUGAGAAAAUAUUUGAAGAAAAUGAAACUUGGGAAUGAGAUUUUCCUAACAACAGAACCUUGCAGUGGACAAUAAAAGUGGUUUUUCUUGAAGUGUUUGUUGUAGUUUUGUACUGUUCUUGACAUUUUAUACUGUUAUGAAACAACAGAAUCAGAUUAAUGAUUAUAUGUCAAUCUGAUUAAGAUAUUUUCUAUUCGUGAACUUUUUACUUCUACUUUUAUAAAGAAUUUUAAGUUUUUUAAAAGUGUGAAGUUAUAUUGUUCUAGUUUUAAAGACAGAAGACCUUUUGUCUGAUACCACCUUCUCCAGUAAUGGAAAGAACAAUAUCCAUAUAAAACUUGUCAUAAAUAAAUCAUCAGCUGAGUACAGUAGUGUAAGCAUCAUUUAAUCUCUAAUAUUACUAAAUCUUCAACAUUGCAGGAAAGUAAUAUCACCCUGUUGAACGUUUACUUUCCAUAUUUCACUACAUAAAUGUAGACAGUGUUUUUGUUUCAUGUUGGUAGCAAUACUGUAACAACAAAUUGUUCACAUGUUGUAUCCUCUGAAAUAAUGGAUAUUGUAUAAACAGAUUUUCCAAAGUA